GUUUCUGGCACUUCAAUGAGGAUGUUGGUGUUGCAUUUGUCAGUGAUGAUCAAGCUUUUCUUCCAGUUGGAUGCAUCUAUUUGUCCUGAGAAGUGUGACUGCUCUUCAGAAAAUGCAAUUCAUUGCUCUGGUACUCACAUAAAAGACCUGGAAUUGUUAAAUCUGCCUUGCAACAUGACAGAAAUUCACAUAACAGACACUAAUGUAACAUACUUGGGGGAUGUUUUUUCUGGGAUGGUGGAACUGCAGCAUCUCAUCUUGUCUUCAAACAACAUCUCUCUGAUUUCACCAAUGGCUUUUAAAGGCUUAAGAAGGCUAAAAGCCCUCAAACUGCUAGAUAAUAAGCUGGUUGAACUGCCCCCAGAAGUGUUUGAUGACAUGGUACAGCUUCAGCAAUUGAUCAUUGAAAAUAACAGGUUGAAAUCCAUUGAAGAAAACCUGUUUGACAAACUAGCUACUUUGAAGGAGCUUUUCUUGAAUAAAAACCAACUAACAGCACUUCCUAGUGGCAUUCUGAAGAAACUCACCAAACUCAAAGUACUGAACUUGUCAAGAAAUUAUCUGGCAGUACUGCCUAAAAAUAUAUUUAGUGCGUUAAGCAGGCUUGAGAAGCUGAUGCUGUAUUUUAACAGGCUGUCUUCAAUAGAGUCUGGUAUGUUUGAUAGCCUGAAGGAGCUGCUGGAACUCUUCCUGCAUUCCAAUAACAUCCAGUCCAUCGCCCCUGAUGCAUUUCAUUGUCUUCAUAAGCUGAAAAGCCUAACGCUCUCCAGAAACAAGCUUGAGGUUUUGCCUCCUGGGCUCUUUCUGCACUUGCAUGACCUCUCUAAAUUGACCUUGUACAAGAACCCACUGAAGUCUCUUCCAGAAGUAUUGUUUGGAGAAAUGAGGCAUCUUGGUAGCCUGUGGCUGUAUCACACAAAGCUCUCAACCAUACCAGAUUUUGUGUUCAGUAACUUGACAAAUUUAGAGCUUCUUGUGCUGAGUUUUAAUCCAGAGCUUAGUGUUCUUCCUAAGAAUGUAUUCAGUGGUCUGAAUGAACUGCGGGGCCUUUCUCUGCAUACAAAUAAUAUUUCCAGUUUGCCGGAGGGCAUCUUCCUGAGCCUUCAGAAACUGCACAACAUUUCCCUUUUUGAUAAGAGGCUUGAGGUUCUUCCUAGAAACCUCUUUCAUAAUCUCAAGCACCUUCAGAAAGUUUACCUGAAUAGUACUAAGCUGCAGUCUCUUCCUGGAGACUUCUUUACUGCUUUACCUGAGCUGCAAGAAGUCUUCCUUGAUGACAACCCUUGGAAAUGUGAUUGCCAAAUUCUUGGCUUCCAAGAGUGGCUCCAAAAGAGCAUGAAGACAGUUAAAAAUGUGCAAUCUUUAGUGUGUCACAGCCCGCUGGCUCUACAGAAUAUUUCUCUUGUAGCUCUAACAGUAGAUCACCUGAAGUGCGUGCCAAGCACAGCCAUUGCAUCCUGGACAUCCAGCUCAACUUACUCCCAGACUUCACCUUCUCUUGUGACGACACAUUUAACAUCAUCUUGGGAGACUGCUGUAACAGUGGCGCCCGACAUGGACACCAGCACACCCACAUCAAUUCCUCUUGCAACUCCAGAUUUUACCCACUCACAUGGUGAAGAUGUCAGACAGCCUAAGUUUCAUUUCUCAGCUGUUCCAACCCAAACUGCUCCCAGCAUCACAGUACAAACCAACAGUGUCAGAGGAACAGGUUUAAUGACUCUUGCCUGGUGGGAGGAGUUGCCAGCCCGCAGGAGUGCUAAACCCUAUUUUAAUACUGGAGUUGCUUAUUGUCAGCUAUUCUUGUGCCUUCACAGUUUGAUUUUAGCACUCCAGACUGUAACCAUUGUGCUCAGUCUAUAUGUGAUGGGUAAAACCAGGCAGCUCUUGCACUGCAAAAAUACUCCUGCUCAGCCUGUAGUUCUGGUAGCAUUUUUAAGAAGAUAG